GCAGGGAUGAGUCGAACCCCCGACGCCCGAGCUAGGGACAAUCAGACCAAGACGAUCCAGGAAAGGAUCAGCAAUGUGGAGAAACAUUUUGGGGAGAUGUGCCAGAUGUUCGCCGCCUACGGUCGCAAAGCCGCACGGCUUCGUGACAAGGCCGACCUCCUGGUGCGGGAGAUCGGAGCGUACGCUGACACCGAGACGCCGAGCCUCAAGAGCGGCCUGAAGCUGUUUGCAGACCACCUGGCCAAGAUUCAGGACUACCGGCAGGCGGAGGUGUCACGCCUGGAAGCCAAAGUUAUCGAGCCGUUGAAAGGAUACGGCGCCGUGGUGAGACGUAAAAGGGAGGACGUGAAGGCCACUCAGAGCGCCAGAACCCGAGAAUCCAAACAACUGGAUCAGCUGGAAAGGACUCGCCAGCGGAACCCGUCCAACCGUCAAAUCAUCUCUCAGGUGCGUUGCGUGUUUCUGAUGACGUGUGAGCGGCGCUUGUGUUGAUGUUCCUCUUGUGCGCGUCAGGCUGAGAGCGAGUUGCAGCGAGCCACCAUGGACGCCACGCGCACUACACGCCAACUGGAGGAGACCAUGGACGAGUUUGAGAAGCAAAAGAUCCGGGACAUCAAGAAGAUCCUGUGUGACUUUGUCACCGUGGAGAUGUCCUUCCACGCCAAGGCCUUAGAGUUCUACACGCUGGCCUAUCAGAGCAUCCAGAUUGUGGACGAGGAGGAGGACCUGAAGGUGUUCAGGAGUUCGCUGCACCCCCCCGAUUACCCGACACGCUUUGACAUCGUGCGAGCCAAUUCUAGGACUUCGCUGGACGGGACUGCCUCCUUCCUGUCUGCAUCGGGACCUUUCCUGCAACAGAGAGCUGCCGGACGCCCUGUGAGCAGAGAGGAAGAAGAGGUGGAUGAUGAAGAAUCCGAGGAAGAUGAGGACGACGACUCUGAACCUUGAUGAAGAAAGCUCCGCCCAUUUGGGGUGGUGUAGCAGUAUUGUAGUUUCUCCUUGACAAGUACACACUGUCUUCUGUUUAGCUUUUUCUGCCUCAGCAGCAGUAAUACAAUACUUUAGACAUCAAGUACCUUCCUACUUCAUCAUGGAACUACCAUACCUGUCUGUCUUCUGUUUUUUGGAAUCCAUUUUGUGACACUUUUUCAACAUCCUUCCUCUGCAA